ACAGUAGUGUGGUAGAAAUAGACUUGUAGUUAAGAACAGAACAGAAGUCGCAUCUCGCCCACGCCAGACGUUGUCUGCGUCCGUAGUACUCCUCUGAGAGUGCCAGAGUAUAGUCAUAGAGUAGUAAAUCGCAGCCUAUUGUCCGCGCGUGUCAACUUUUAUUUUCAUUCAUAAACCCGCAUGUUUCGAAAAUGCGGUCCUUCCGAGGGACUAAAUCCGGCCAGUUUUGACUUUUGAGCGGAGACAGAGGAGUGCGGAGUGAUCUUGGACCGAAAUAGAAGUGAUUUUGUGCAGUCUUGGACGAUUUGCGAGCAAUUCUGAUGGAGACAUCAUGAUUCCGAAUAUUUGGUACCUCUUCGUCUUAGCGACUUGCACCAAGGCCCUGAUAUCAAGUUCACACACACCUUCAAAUCAAACCGAAGACAAAGCGCCAUAUUUUAUAGAACGCAAUUUACCAGUUCUUGUGUCAGGAAGGCAAGGCGAAACCACUAUACUGAAGUGUGGUGCUAAAGGUACACCAAAACCUCAAGUUUCGUGGUUUAAAGACCACAAUCUUAUCAAUGAAACCAACAGUAACAGAAGAUAUCCAAAUCAUCAAAACCUUCACAUCCGAAAUCUCCAAUCUGAAGACAACGGUUUGUACAAAUGUCUUGUUUGUAACAUAGUUCGUUGUAUUCAUCGCAUUUACAACCUUGUUGUUGAACCAUUUGAUGCAAACACAUUUAAUAACAAUGAUCUCGACACCUCGAAUGAGUCAAAAUUAGAAAAAACCACUUCUAAUUUUUCUACAAGAUUUGGUAAUCGUACAAUGAAACCACACUUUCGUAGACCAAAUAAAAUGAAAAAAACCGUAUCAGUGGGGAUUAAUAGAAAAGCGGUUUUAAAAUGUAGAGCAUUUGGAAAUCCUCUUCCCAUUAUAUCAUGGUAUAAAAAUGGCAGAAAAUUGUUAGAAAAAAGGAGAAAAACUAUUCAAAGUCAAUGGGCUUUAGUUGUGAAACAUUUUAAUCUACACGAUUCGGGAAAUUAUACUUGUGUUGCUUGCAAUUCGAUAGAUUGUAUCAAUCAUACGUUUAUUCUAUUAGCAAAAGAACCUUGUGACUUUGAUGUUACCUAUUUGAAAAAUGCCUCUUUAGAUUCGGAUUCCAAUGUAACUCUACCUUGCAAAGUUAGAAGGAGAUAUGAAACGGAGAAGAUAGCCCCCUAUUGGGUAAACCCGAAAAAAAUGUUCAAAAUCCAAGUGAAACCUGCUGGUAACAUGGUGAACCUCAAAUGUAAAGCUGGAGGAAAUCCAACUCCCAAUAUCACAUGGUACAAAAAUGACAAAUCACCAAAUCGUCAAUUGGGUGAAAUUCGAUAUCAACACUGGGGUUUGACUUUGGAAAAUCUCGUUACUAGUGACACCGGUGAUUACACUUGUGUCGUUUGCAAUGAACUUGGUUGUAUUAAUUUUACAUACAUAGUUGACGUUAUUGAACGUUUCCCGUCAAAACCAUACAUUAAAGAUGGUUAUCCUCAAAACCUCACAGUUUUGGUAAACACCACUGCAACAUUUGAAUGUCCUCAAAUGAUCGCUGAUCUAGAACCGUUGAUACAAUGGGUGCGAUACAACAAAUUGGAAAAUUACGACAAUUUCACUACUUACAACAAAAGCGUCUUAAAUGUACAAAAGACUGACAAUCCAGAAGUGUAUGAAAUAAAAAAUGUAACAUAUCAAGACGAAGGUUGGUAUGUAUGUAUUGCAACAAAUAGUUUAGGAGAAGUGGCUUCAAAGGGAUAUUUGAAAGUUGUCAAUAGUCUUCGUAAAAAACGAGAAACGGAGAAGAAAGCCCCCUAUUGGAUAAACCCCAAAAAAAUGUCCAAAAUGCAAGUGAAACCUGCUGGUAACAUGGUGAACCUCAAAUGUAAAGCUGGAGGAAAUCCCACUCCUAACAUCACAUGGUACAAAGAUGACAAACCUCCAAAACGUCAAUUGGGUGAUAUUCGAUAUCAACACUGGAGUUUGACUUUGGAAGAUUUAGUUACUGGUGACACCGGUGAUUACACUUGUGUCGUUUGCAAUGAACUUGGUUGUAUUAAUUUUACAUACAGAGUUGACGUUAUUGAACGUUUCCCGUCAAAACCAUACAUUAAAGAUGGUUAUCCUCAAAACCUCACAGUUUUGGUAAACACCAACGCGACAUUUGAAUGUCCUCAAAUGAUCGCUGAUCUAGAACCGUUUAUACAAUGGGUGCGAUACAACGAAUCGGAAAAUUACGAAAAUUUCACUAAUUAUAACAAAAGCGUUUUAAAGAAAAGUGGAGACACUGAUAAUCCUGAAGUGUAUGAAAUAAAUAAUGUAACAUAUCAAGAUGAGGGUUGGUAUGUAUGCAUUGCAGCGAAUAGUUUAGGUCAAACGGCUUCAAAAGGAUAUCUAAAAGUUGUAGAUAGUUUUGAAGUGGAACCUAAGAAUCAUUUUAUAGUCUACGCAGCUGUGGCCAUUUUCUUUAUUAUUCUAAUUUUGAUAUGUUCCAUCUUGCUGGUGUUCUUUAAAAAGUUGAAGAUUGAUAAGCAGAAAAAAAUGUUAGCUUUAGAAACAGUUCGUGCUGCUGUUGUUACUCAAUGGACUAAAAAAGUUAUUAUCGAAAAAAUACAAAAUACUAACGAGGAUGUCUCCGAACCUUUGCUGAUGCCGGUGGUUAAAAUAGAAAAACAAAAAAGCCAAAAUAAUAAUUCCGGAGAUGGAAUGAUUUCUGAAUAUGAGUUGCCAAUGGAUUCUGAUUGGGAAAUUCCAAGAUCAUUGCUUUGUCUUGGAAAAAGUUUGGGUGAAGGAGCUUUUGGUAAAGUUGUCAAAGCUGAAGCUGUAGGUUUGCUAAAACCUGGUGUAACAAGUAUAGUCGCAGUAAAAAUGCUGAAAGAAGGGCACACUGAUAACGAAAUGAUGGAUUUAGUAUCAGAAAUGGAAAUGAUGAAAAUGAUAGGAAAACAUAACAAUAUUAUCAAUUUAUUGGGUUGUUGUACCCAAGGUGGACCUUUAUACGUUGUAGUGGAAUACGCUCCUUAUGGCAACUUAAGGGAUUUUCUUCGACAACACAGACCCUCAUCUGGCUACGAACCAGCUAUCGGUCUUGAAGAAAAAGAAAAGAAAACUUUGACUCAGAAAGAUUUGGUCUCUUUUGCGUAUCAGGUAGCUCGAGGAAUGGAGUAUCUGGCAUCGCGACGAUGUAUUCAUCGAGAUUUAGCAGCGCGAAACGUGUUGGUCAGUGAUGACUACUUUUUGAAAAUUGCAGAUUUUGGCCUUGCUCGAGAUAUCCACUGUAACGAUUAUUACAGAAAAACAACCGAUGGACGACUUCCGGUUAAAUGGAUGGCACCGGAAGCGCUUUUCCAUAGAGUUUACACCACCCAAUCCGACGUUUGGUCGUAUGGUAUCUUAUUAUGGGAGAUAAUGACACUUGGAGGUACACCAUAUCCGUCUGUUCCGAGUGUUGAAAAACUUUUCCAACUUUUACGUAAUGGCCACCGUAUGGAAAAGCCGCCAUGUUGUUCGUUGGAAAUUUACAUUUUGAUGCGAGAAUGUUGGAGUUACAAACCGAACGAAAGGCCGACUUUUUCGCAACUUGUGGAGGAUCUUGACAGAAUUUUGACGAUCACAGCAAAUGAAGAGUACCUAGAUUUGGGGCUCCCCCAAUUGGAUACUCCUCCAUCGAGUCAGGAGUCAAGCGGCGAUGAGGAGGAUUUUCCUUUCGAUAGUUUAACUAGUCAGUGUCUCAAUAACGUGCAGCUUUCGUGAUUGACUGAUUUCACAAAUUUGGACUUACUUUUUUAACUAAUUGUGUUACUAUUUUGUAAUCUAAUCAGACGUAAAUGUUAUACAUGUGUAUUUCAUGGUUUUCAGUUCACGUUUUUAUUUAGUUCACCAAAGAAAAUGCAAUUUUAGUUUUUAAAUAGUUAAGAUUAAGACUGUAAAUUUAUGUAAUAAUAAAAUUUCGUAAUUGAA